CCGGCUUCUGUAGUGUGGGCACUGGGCAUGACAGCUGGGUGCCAAGUGCACAUGCGCAAGAAGCGGUGCUUUUUGUGAAUGGUAAGGUGGUACCUGGGACACAUGACAGAUCCCAGAAGCCGCCGGACCAAUCACAAAGCGCAAGUGCUUCUCGCUCAUGCGCACUGGGCACCGGCUGUCAUGCCGAGUGCCAUUACAGAAGCCGGAAGACAGCGCGCGCGGCUGGAUCGAGGAACAGGUAAGAUCAAACAAAAACUCUGUGGAAGUAAGAGCGGGUACCUGUCAAAUUCAGGUACCCGCUCCCCACCUCCCCAAAGGUCAGCAGUCAUCUGUACUGUAAGGUCCUGCAGGAGAGAAGAGCUGAGCGUCCGGCCCGGUAUUCUGACAUGGUGGCGGCAGAAAUACCGGUCCGGCCGGUUUACAUUCGCUCCAUAAGAUGCACUGA